CUUGGCUUUCUCAUCAUUCUCUCUUUGUCGUGCAGAACUUAUGGAAUACGGAUUAUUUUGAAAGAAUGCUGCAAAAUUGUGAAGAACAGAAAAAUUAUGAAGAACAGCGGUUGUAUCUUAAAUUUUACGUACAACUCUCCAAAGAAGUAAAGGAGGGUGAAAGCUGGAAAGAUGUCUGUAAACGGCUAGCAGUGGGAGUGGAGGGAGAUUUGUCUGCAUUUAAAAAAGAAAUGGCGAUAGUCGAUUAUUUUGCGAAUCGAAUUGAAGAAGUCAGAGUGAAGGAAAGAUAUGAACUGUUUUGUCAUAUUUUAGAUGAGGUCAUCAUGAACAAGGAUUUUGCUACUGUGGUUGCUAAAAUCAUAGAGGACAACCUGUAUCCUGACCUUCAUGAUGAAAUCAGAAAAUGCCAAAAAAAAUCGUUUGUCAUGGACCUUAAACAGCGCUGUCAAUAUGGGAUGCACAUCGAUGAGGCGCGCGAGCACAUUAAGACGGCUUUCUUCGAAACGUGGAAAAUAAAGUACGACAGCAUGGCUAGGUAUUUCGUGCUUAAGAUGCUGAUAGCAGACAAACUCCGCAUUCUUCCCGAGGUGCUACAAGGUUUACCAGAAGAGUUGAACUUUACCCUGGAGAAUGUCAGCCACAUCUGAGAAGAAUAGCUUUUCCAUUGUUGGUGCUUGUCCAACUUAGAUGGCAUUAAAUAUACGACCGCAGAAUGGUCUUUUGUUGCAGAAGCCAGUGGUAGUUUUAUGUUGCUCGCUCUUUAAUGGUGAUGUGAUUACUCCAGUUAUCUAGUCCUUAUUUUUUACUUGUACUGUUUGUUUGGUGGGUUGUAUGAGCAUAUUUGAACAUUCUUGAUAAUCUGCAUCUGCAUGGCUGGUUAGGUCAUGUGGGAAAAAUACUGGGAUGGAGUUAUAAUGAUAUAAUUGUGUGUCAGUGAGUUGAAAA